AUGAACCGGCUUCGGAACAUCCAGCGCUUGCCACGGUUCCAGGGCCCCCCGAAGUGGGUGCCCAUUCUGGGCGAUCUCCAGAAGACCCUCCACAAGGGCGAGCACCUGCCCCUCCGCCCGCUGCCGAUGUUCGAGAGUAACUUUGUCCAGGUGACAAACCAAGGGGCCCCCGUGUACCUGCACCACAGAACCAGCCGCCUGACCAUGGGCGUGGCCGCCUCCCUGCCGGGCCUGGUGCUGCCGGACAUCCUACUGCUGGCUCAGCCCCCCGAGGGCAGGGGGUCCUCCGGGCUCCACCUGACCAGGCUGAUCCCGCUGGACCUCGCCCACCUGUACGUGCAUGACCUGCCCACCUGGCGCCUGAAGCUGCGCCUGGCCACCGGCCGCUACUACUACCUGGAGCUGGAUGCCCCCUGCGACGAGCGCGGCUUUCUCUUCGACCGCUGGAUCCGCCUCAUCGACCUGCUCCGGCAGCCGGCCCCAGCCUGGGCCCCCCGCGCACUGCCCAAGUCGCCCCUGGGCCUGGACCUGGUGGCGCCACCCGCCUCCACCUGGCGCCUGCAGGUGGGGCCUGACCCCGCCGAAUCCACGGUCAUGUCGGCCAAGGUCACCUUUCCUUACGAGGUGGUGACAUCCCGGAAACAAAAGAAAGCCAAGGCCCUGAAGCGCAGGUUCAAGUCCCAGGCCGCGGGCGACUCGGAGGCAGGAGGGAGGAGGAAGUCUAAGGAGCAGAAGUCCCUCCCGGGCCCCACCCUCGACCCAUCUCACAAGGAAAUCCAAGUUUCCGAGAAGCCCAGUCUCGUCAUCCGGACCAUCUUCAGCAUCAUCUCCAGCAUCAAGAGCCAGGAGCACUCCUCGCCGCAGGCCAGCUGCAGACGGGGGCUGGGGGCUGGCUCUGACGUCUUCUCGGCGGACACCUACAAUCGGACGGAGGGGCACCGGUGUCAGGAGGACACUGAAGCCCUCGUGGACCCCCUGUCCAGCACCAUGUCCUCCCACUCUGUCUGUCCAGAUGCACCCCAUGCUGCCUUCCACCGCUCCGCAACCCCUGCCUCCCUCCCCAGGCCCAGAGGAAAGGCCAGGCCACCACGUCCCCAGAAAGCCCCUCCUGUCCCUCACAUAUCUUGGAAGGCUCCAUUCAUCCCUGACCAGUCCCCAAAGGCCCCACGUGCACCUGCCCCACACCACAGGGUCCCAGUCCUACUUGCCCCAUACCAGAAGACCCCACCUAUACCUGCCCCAUCCCAGAGGGCCCCACCUGUACCUGCCCCAUCCCAGAGGGUCCCAGCGGUGCCCGCCCCAUCCCAUAGGGCCCCACCUGUACCUGCUCUUCCCCGGAAGUCUACAUCCCUCACUCUCCCGAAAAGGAAGUCUCUGUUCUUACCUGCCCCAUCCCCAAAGGCUCUGAGCUCAGAGCCCCAACAGCAGAGAGUGUUCCCCCCACCUGCCCCGCUGGAGAAGACCCCCACUAGCCCCGGCACGUUGCUAAGUGAGGACAUGCUUGAGGGGAGCAAGCCCAAAGAAAAACCUGUUCUGAUGGCGGGUGCCCAGGAGGAGGCUGUGGUGGAGCUGAGGGCCCGGGCAGUGUCCCUGGAGGUGCCGUUCAGCAAGACCAAGAAGGAGUCCAAGGAGGUCCUGAUCAGCAAAACCCGGGAGAUCACCCUGGAGGGCUUGACAGGCAGGAGGAAGGUGGAGGACAGGGCCCACAAGACGAAGGAAGAGAUCUCCCUGGACCUGCCAGGUGGCAAGUCCAGGGAGGUGGGGUGGCAGAAGAGAUGGGUCAAGACCCAUGCACUGACCCUUGAGGGACCCUCACGGGAGAAGUUCCAGCCCUUCUCUGUGGAGGGACUGGCUCUGGCCAAGCUCAUGCUCAUUGCCAGCUCCAAGGGGUCGCAUUUAAGACCCCCGGCCGUGGCGCUGCCUUCCUGGCUCUCUCUAACUUCCCAGGUGAGCACUGUGUCGAAGGUGGACUCCGUGCCUUUCAACCCCAGCCAGGUAUGCUGGCUGGAGAGGACACCGGUGGAGGUCAGGGAGCAGCCAGAAUCCAGCACCGGGAUAAAGAAGAGCACACGGCAGUGGAGACACGCGGAGGAGGCACCCUGGGACCCGACGGAGCACGCCAAGCCGUCCUGCCACCCCUCGCCUCCAUCCAGCAGCCCGAGGAUGGAGAGCGGCCCCCGGCCUCCCAUCGCUCUACCUGCCACAAGGUGGGAACACGUAGAGGAGUCGCCCAUCUCCCCACCUCCCUCAAGGAUGGACGUCACGGCCAGGAUGCCCCAGCGGCCCCCAAGAAUCUCUGAAGAGCCCGGCAAGCACUCCCUGGCCACGAUGAGCUCAUCCUCAAGCAUGCUCUCCCCCAUGCUCGUGCAAAUUGAGAGCCUGAAGGACGUGAACCCUGACAUGGGGGCAGCCAGGGAGGAAGUGGGCAUCCUUACAGCUGCAUCCAGGUAUUUGGGGGCGAGAGGUGGGCUGCCUGGAAACGAGUGGCCAAGGUCGGUGGAGCAGGGAGUCCAGCCAGAGGAGUCACAGGCGGGCUGGAUCGUGGAGAACCUUGAAUCAGGCAAUGCUAAGGAAUUUGGCUGUGAGUGA